GAAAAACCCUAUAUGCCAUACUAGUGUCACUUGACAGGAAUAUGUUUUUCGUAAAUUUUUCCAAUGUUACGCUUAAACGAAUGAAUCGAUUUGGUUUGCAAAGAAGUUAUUUAGACUUAUUUAAGUUUAUUAAUUACAAAUUUCUGAUUCAUAUUAUGAUUCAUGAGUUGUAAUUAUUCAGAGUUAAUUUUCAAUAAUGUCUCAUCGAGGAGGUCAAGACCCACAACCAGGAUACAUGGACGAAGUGUGUGUGAAAAUAUCAGAAAAAUACAAACCACCACCACGAAUAAAUCUCGCAAUAACCUAUGCUCAGAGAUUAUAUUUAAAUAAACAAAUUCAGUACAGUAUCAUUCCUUAUGACUUCUCCUUAGAAACAAGUAUUAAAGACCGAGUAAGAGAAUUGCGGAGUGCACGUAGACAACUUUAUGAAGAUCAAGCGGAUCGGUUGAAGGAGGCCCGUUUAAAGUAUGAACAAUUCUUGGAAGACAAAAAGUCUAAGGAGAGCAUUAGUAAUGUGUCGCAAGAAUCAGAGAUACCAGAAGAGCAAAUAUUGAAAGCUUCAGGUACUACAUCGGGGGUGAUGUAUCCUACUUCCUAUUCUCAUAUUCUAACACCAACCCCACUAUCAAAUACAGACACAAAGGUGUUGUUUAAGUGCAACUCCAAUGACAAAAGUCCUUUUAAUAUAUCCGAUUUUGAAGCAGACACAUCUAGUCCCUUUGAUAACAUGGAAUUGAAAACUAUUAAUGACAUAGAAGAAUUGGCCCAAGUUUUGAAAAAGGGGGAGACAAGUAAUCAUUCCUAUGCCAUCCCAUAUACAGAUGCAGCAGGUCAAGCCUUUCCCAAUUAUGUGUCUCUUCCAAGUACGUCUGGACAGUCCACAACAGUUUCAACAUACGCCGUGCAAGAUACACGUAACUUACCAUAUUCUCCGUAUAUUUCUCAAACCCUCUCCCCCUACACACAUUCCAUUACUUCAAGGACUUACAAUAAUCUUAACGGAUAUUAUUAUACUAGUGACAUUGUGCAGACAAAUGUAAAUCAAAAUUUUAAACUAGAUCAACUACCUUACAAUUACGACAAUUCCUCUAGUAAAUUAUCUAAAGAAAAUACAAAAAGCAUACCUGACAUUAUGAAGACUCUAGAAUCUGAACUGAAAAGUACGAAAAUUUGCCAAAAUGGAGUACCAAGUGAUCCAAAUAAAUCUCAAGAAAGUAGCACCGAGGUUGUUAUUAAAUCGAUAGAUUUAGAUGAUGUAUUUAGUCAUUUACCAAAAAAUUUACAAUAUCUCUCCAAAGACAUUAGCUUAAUGGGAUUUCCACUAUCGAGGGUAGCGCGUGUUUGUCAAACCAUUGGCGAUAAUCAAAAAAAGAUUGUGGAACAUUUGAUAGUAAUGAGCGAACUGUUGGAUUUAGGCUUUUCCGAAGAGGAGGUGUCUCGUGCUUUAUUGCAAUGUAAUAAUGAUCGUGAUAAGGCGUUGGAUAUACUUAUUUCGUAGCAUUCACUGUUCACCAUGGCUGUGCUGGUUUAUUUAUGAUCACUAUUUAUUUGCAUUUAUUUCGCAUACUCUUACAUAUUAAUUUGCUAAGGAAGCACUGUGUUGGUUGUGCGCUCAAUAUGUUUAUGCAAAUAUAUUCCUGCUUAAAUAAAUAAUCUAAUGUGUAGAUAGAACAGAUAUAGAAUGGAUGGGACUUCUACUUAUGGAUAUAAGAAAUAAAUUUUCAGAAUUUU